AGAGAAAAACUUCAGCCGACAACGGCGACGACGACGAUCUUCCAUGUACAAUCAGCUGGGAAUGUUACAUAACGUCUGCCAAUAAACGAUGGCCUUUAAACAGUCGGACCAAUCAUGAUGAAACGCCGUCUGCUACACGAGAAUGCGGUACCUACAAAAUAUCAGUCUGCUAUACGCUGCCCUUUCGGUUCAUUGCUGUUAUAGACUUGCAUAGCACGGUAAAAGUCAGACUGAAAAACAGACAUUUUCAAUAACUAUUAAAUAAAAUGUUACGCGUUGUGAGGACGCAACUGAUUUCUCAGAGAUCAAGUGCUAUUCUGAAACGUAAUCUUGCUUCCGGUAAAACUAGUCAAGGUAGUACAACACAUCAGCCAAAAAGCUCAAGCAUACCAGAGGUUCCUGGAUUGACCAAUAAAGUUGUAGAUGUUCCUAAUCAAGCUGUUGGUUACGCUGGUGCAGCCAAGGAUAAGGAAUACAAAAAUCCGGAAUACUUUUGUUAUCAUGUAGACUCCUUUGGGGAGUCCUUUGUCGAAAUGGAAAAGUUUAGACUGCCUGCUCCAUCGAACAAAGCAAAGAAGUGAAUCUAAGUUGAGUGAUAUUAAGUUGUAAUUUGUAUGCCAAAUCAUACUUUUUGUAAGAUUGGGCAGUUGAGUAUGUUGCUGAGUUGUAAAACUAUGUGCAUUCUCCAUAACAACAUUAGAUAAUUAAAAAAGCUUGAAAUUAUUCAAAUUUAAA